UUUAUAAUAGUAAACAAAGUACAAAUAAUUACAAUUUAAGGUGAAAUGGAAAUUUCCAGAAGUAAACUCGACUCAAAUUUUUUGAAGAUUCUCUCCAUAAGAGAUUAUCAUGGUAAUGAUAUCGAGCAGAAGGCUUUGGAACUAUAUCAACAUCUAUCCAAAGUUUCAAAAAGUGACGAAAAAUAUGUAUAUAUUUAUCUAAGGAUAACAUGUCCUUAUAACAAUUCGAAUCGGGAUAAUACCGGUGUGAAAUUGCCCAGAAAUUUCAAAAUUAUUCUGCUGUCAUCUUUGAGGCAUUUAAAAUUUAAAGACAAAAAUUUUCCAAUUAAAUCUUUGGUUCAUGUGAUCGUAAAGGAUCUACUGAGCACCAUCGAUUAUCUGGAUUUCAGAUCUCUCUAUCUUCUCAAAGUAUUAGACCAGUUUGUUCUGAAAAAAUUGGAUUGGACUGGCGAGAUCCAUACUUUAUUAUUGAACGCUUUGUAUGAAGUAUGCUAUGCAUCACCAUUGGCCACUCUGAAAAAUUCAGCAGUUUCUGUUAUCCAUAAAAUGGAAUUGAAGACGGGGAAUGGGCUGAAAAUUUUCAAUCCAUUGAGAAACAUGGGAAUUCUAACGAAUUAUGAUGAAACUAAAAUCCAGUUGGAACAAAUAAAAACACAUAGUAUUCAUUCGAAUCUCCAAGAGUACAUGGAGUUUAUACACAAAUAUUUUCAUUUCAAUGUGUAUAAUAAAUCUGCCGGUAUUCUUUAUAGGGCUGUUAUAUCUAGAUACAAUAUGAAUGACUUUAAAACUUACAUUUGGCCCUUUUGGUCUGAAUCUUUCCAGAAGCAUGGCGAUUCAAGGGAAUUUCACCAGAGUUUCUUGAAAUAUUGGAUACCUUUUUCGGUACAAGAGUAUAAAGCAGAUCUCUACCUAUAUUUAAGGGAUCAAAAUAUUCCUCAGGAAUUAUUGGUGGAAAUAUUAUUUGAACUGAGGCGAAAGAGACAUGUUUCAAUCAAAGAUUUAUCUGAGGGUGCAUAUUAUGAAGAUUUCAUUGGAUUCAUGGAGAAUUAUGAGACAAACGAUAGGGCCUUUGAAAUUCUAUGCACUUUCCCGUCGCUGAAUGAGGAGGUUACCCCCCAGUUUUUGGAUAUAUUUAAGGAUUACAUCUUGGGAAGUAAAGUUCAGAAUUGCGUUGUGGAAAAAAAUAUUUUCCAGUUCAUAGCCCAUAUCUUCAUUUCUGAACAUAUAAACAUUCAAAAAAGUUCGCAAAAUAUGAAUUAUAACGAUUUCAUAGGAGAAUUAAGGGAUUUCAUCAUCAAUAGUUUUUCCUGUCGGGAGAAAAACCUUGAUUUUUCCCUGAAACUAUGUAAAAUUUUCACUUGUAUGAAGUUGCCGUGUCAAGAUUUAAAAAUGAAGUAUGAAGUACCGAAGAAAUAUCAUUAUGGGUCUGGAGAAAACAGAUAUCUUUUACAACUACAAGAAAAUGGUAUCCUUGAUCUCUUCACGGAAAAAAAUAGAUUUAUAACUGAUGAACUGGUGAAGAUAUUCAAUGAAGGGGCCACGUCUGACGAAACGACCAUGUGGCUAUUGAAAAACGCUUUCGACAACUUUGAAAUCGUAGAUUUGAAUCCAACAAUGACUGAACAAGGUUUAGACCACGUUUCGUUGCAUAACCUGGAGAAAUACAUCAACUGCCAAAAGUUGAGCCUGCAUAAAACAGCUAAAGAGAGAGAUAAGACGCAGCUUCUCCUAUCGUUCAAUAUGAUCGAACACCAGAUUAUUAUAACCUUAUUGAAUGUAAAAAUUUGCAAUGAUACAACCACCGAGAUAUUCGACAUUCUCAAAAUAUUGAGCGUACUCAUUGUCGCUAACCAGAUGGGAAUAACCGAUGAGUGUCAAUCGUCCACGGUGACGAGCAUGCUGGAUUUCAUGGUUGGUACGGUGGAAGGAAACAGACAUGAGGGUUUAACCCCCAAAACCAAGAAGGUUCUGGAGCAUCUUUUCUGUAAAAUAUUAGACGUCUUGCAUCUCUCCCCGUCAACCCUCAAAACUCACAGCGAGACGAUUCUGAAGAAACUGGUGAUUUUGAUAGAAAGGAGCAAUAUGAGGAAAUUGGUCACUGAAGUCUUAAAUUUGGUCCCAGUCAUCUCGGAAAUGAUGGCAACCUUCAACAGUAAAUCCCAAAAAGCCUUGUAUAAAUUCUACAAAGAACUGUUGAACGCCAUUGUUUCUCCAGCGAAUUUGAACCAUUUACAGAAGAGUAGAAUGAGGAAACACCCGAGGCUUAGGUCUCUCCUCCACGCAGUUUGCAAGGGAUCGGGAGCGAAGCAAAGAGAAUUCGUCGUGGAGGCUGUGAUGAAAAUGACGUGGAAAUUGAGGCAGCAUAACCUGGAUCCUACAGUCCACACCGUCCUUUUGGAGUGUUUGGAAAUGAUGAUGGUCGAACCAAAUUUUCAUAAUUAUACAGCAGGUUAUUUGGAGGAGGCUAUAAAGUUGAGUUUGGGCUCUUUUCUCUCUGACAGUUGGUGUGUAAAGAACGCAGUGAUACAGCUCACCCAUGCUGUGAUAACUAGAAUCUUUGGUGUCCAACAGACCGAUAAUAUUCGUCUGAGAUCCUUCCAAGAGUUCUGCAUACUCUUCCCUACGCUUUCCGAUCUAUUUUACGAUGUCCUAUCUUCGCCAUCUUUGGACGAUCGGGCCAUAAUAGUCUUACAGUAUUUGUCGGCCUCCGAAGUGGUCGUUUACGAUCAUUCCAACCAGGAAGUUAGGAAAAAAAUCGACAAGUUCUUGAUUUUACUGGAACAGUUAUUGGUAUCCAAAGAAAACUACAUAGUAAAAUUCGUGCCUCUUUCUAUCGUGAAUUUAUGCGUGGAUACCCAAUAUCCUCACUAUAUGAACAAAGUGUUCGAUUUCCUCGCUGCCAAUUUGCACGAAAAACCCAGCAAUGUGAUAGUGAACCAUCUCGUUUUAUUCAAGGAGUUCGUCAGGAGAAUAAACGAUAAUUAUUUCUUCCUGAAACCGAUGAAGAUCGACGCCGACGCUUCGAUCGUGAACGUCGUCGACAAGAUGAACGACCUUUUGGAACACCAAGAUCUCCAGUACUUAGAUCUGCAAAAUAUCAGGACUUUCGUGCUGGACCAACAUUCGACAAACUGUCGCGAUGUUGUGAGUUCGGAUGCGACGUUGAAACGUUGGAAAUUUCACAACUUGAUUCGUAAUUUUCCGUACGGUUUGAUCUCGAAGAAUUUCUGUAAACUCUUCGAUAUUUUAUGUGAGAAUGAGGGGUUGAAUUUCCUUUUGGAAUUUUACCUGGAUCGGUGCGUCGCUCAUGCGGUCGAAUCCAGGGAUUUCGACCUGAUUCAGAAAGUUUCCGUUAGGGUUACAAGUGAGAUGUUGAGCCCGAGGAUCGGGAAGGAUAGAAGGCUGUAUAGGGUUCUCUUAGAGUCGGUUUUGAGGCUCAAGGAAUACGUUGAUGAAAUAAAAUUAGAUGUCGGUAUUCCGGAUGAUAUGGAAGAAAUGAAUUUCUAUAAAGCUGCUGUGAUCCAGAUGAUUUUAUCGAGGAAAAACUGCGAUAAUAAAGCUUCCUUGUGUAAAAAAUCGUUUGUUAAACUUACACAAUUCGGUGAAAUAGAUAAUUUCGAGUUGAAAUUUCUUCCGAUAAUAUCGAUUUUUGUAUAUAAGAAUAUAGAAUUUUUAGAUAAGUAUUUGUUCUUAAAAUUCUUAUUGUAUAUAGUGUUGACCGACUGCGAUGAGCCGGAUUUUUACGAAUUUUUGACGAAGUUGUGUAAAAAAUCGGUUAACGAGGAUAAUUGUGUCUAUAAUUUGCUAACGUACCAGUUUCUAUUCGAUUUUUUUCAAGACAAUAACGUCGUCCACAAAUUUUGGAAGGACGCCCUGAGAUUGAUGGAAAAAUUCGAAGCUAAAGCGAAGUUCCCCACUUUUUAUACGGACACAUAUCACAGUUUGCAAAUACACAAGGAUGUUGUAAAUAAAAUGAUGUCGAAAUUCUGAAA